GUGGGCUUUAGGACCUUGCGCUCUUCUGGCUUCAAAAUUAAAUAUAGCCGCGACAAAGUUUUGACAACGCGGAAGUAAGAAAGAUUUGUAUAACCGGCACCAACAAUGUCUUCCAAAUACCUCCAAAAAAGACGUAUGACAGUGAACAAUAUUUGUCGUCUUCAAACCGCUUCAGAGCCCGCUGACAGAUGGCGAGUUCUUCUCAACCGCCUCCCCCCCCUCAACACCUCACCCAGCCGCCCGGGGGGAGUCGCUCUCUGCGAAUGCGGCCGCAUGUCAAUCAGCAGCUCUCAUGUGAUGGCUCUUGCCAAUGACGUGCCAGCCAUGUGGGCCUGGCAUCGCACGGCCCCGCCAGGCGAGUCGCCCGCGCGCUUCCUCCCCUCGCGCACGUCUGAGCUGCAGACAGAGGCACGGUGGCGGCAGAAGAGGAAGAGGAAAGUAGAGGCACGAGCACGCAGCACACAACACAGCCUCUUCUUCGCCCUGCGCGACUCACCGUCGGCAUGGUGUAAACAAAGCGAAGCAUCGGCAAAGUCCCCUAGGAAGUAAACGUAAAAUUGGAGCGCUGGUGAGAAAUGUACCUUUCGCCCUACUUUGGAGCACUGCCACUCAAGUACACUAGAGGGCGGCAUUGUAUCAGAGAUGCAUCAAAAGGUGGUACUUGUAAAGAGGUUGGAGAACCACAAAUGUAUUGUCAUGACGGAAAUCAGUGAGAAGGAGAACGAGCCACAGCGGCGGGACCUCCAGAGACCACCGUCCACUGCGCCCAGCCAGCCAGAGUCGAAGUUGCAGCGUCUGAAGCGCUCGCUGUCCUUCAAGUCUGUGAUGCGCAGCAAGAGCGUGGACAACUUCUUCCAGCGUAGCCCCAGCAACUCGCGGCCCCCCUGCACGCUCAUCAUCGCCCCAACGCCAACCGCCUUGCCCGAGUUGCCCCUGGCCUGCGAACGCCCGCCUGUUCUUUCACCGUCCGUCAGCCCCACCUCGUCGCUGUUGUCGCGCUCGCUAUCCGUCAGUCCUGCGUUGUCCCUGAGCGCCAAAGUUGAGCCCAAGUCUUCAACCCCGCCCACGGCACCUCUCAAGACUCACUGUUUCCACGAGCACGUCUUCCGCAGGCCGGCCAGCUGCGAGCAAUGCAAACAUUUGAUCCAAGGUAACUCCAAGCAAGGUCUACGCUGUAAAGCCUGCAAGCUCGCCGCUCACCUGUGGUGCUCGUCGGAGCUGUCCCAGCAGCCCUGCAAUGGCAAGACGGGAGCUUUUAAGCGAAACUUCAGCUCGCCUCUACUAACCAACGAGUCGCUGGGCGUCGUCAGGGAGACUCCUGAGGUGCAGGAGGUGGACCCCGCCACGGUGGACCCCGUGUACGAAGCGCUGCGCUACGGGACGUCACUGGCUCAGAUGAGUCGCUGCAGCUUCGGCAGCAUCUCCGAGUCGCCCCGUCACGAGGAUGAGGAACUCCCAGACAAGCCGGAGAAUCAGCCAAUCGCAGAAGAGGAGCCGAUUCCAGGAAUGCUCACGCCUCCUGAAAGCGAGAAGGCAGAUUCCGAAGAGCGAGUCAGCCUAAAGACUCCUAAGCGUGUGGAGGUGCACUCCAUGCACACCUACGUGGCUCUCUACAAGUUCCUGCCUCAGGAGAGCAACGACUUGGAAUUACAGCCCGGCGAUCGCGUCAAAGUGACAGAUGACGCCAAUGAGGACUGGUGGAAGGGGAAAAGCCGCGGCAAGGUGGGAUAUUUCCCCGCCAAUUUUGUGCAGCGGGUGCGCCCCGGCGAGCGAGUGUGGAAGGUCAUGGCUGGUUUCCACGGCAACCGAGACAAAGGCCAGAUGACGGUGAAAGAGGCCCAGAUCUGCGUAGGCAAGAUCGAGGAGACGGACGGUUUCCUGCGCUUGAGCAGCGGCAAGAAGCGAGGCUUGGUGCCGGCGGACAUUUUGCUCGAAAUAUGACGUCUGCUAAUAAUAGUACUGAUAAUUGUGAUCACAAUAAAUUGACGGAAGAGUCCUCGGGAAUGUUUUUCCCACCUCCAAACGCCCUCGCUGACGGGGUAGGGAACAACAGCUUUGCUAGUUUUGUUUUCUUUCCAGCUACUCACCGUGUAGCGCAAUGUGGGAAAUGUAGCGUCAAGGAGAACGAACGGGAAGACAGGCUACCUCACCGCUAACUCAGAAAAUGCGACAGGACCACGGGAAGCCUACAAAAGGCUUUGUUACGUGUGUUCAGUCUCGUAUUCAUUAUGUACACAAUAAUAACAAUAGUCAUAGAUUACAUCAUCACUAUCAACAAGAGAAACAUUGAGGCGCUGUUUUCACGCUAGUCAUGAGCUGUGAGCUAAAUCUUAUUUAUGUUAGCAUCUGCUAAAAGGGAUACGUGUAAAUGUCUCUACACCAUUGCACCUCUGCUAGUCUGUAAAUUCAACACUUCCAAUUUGCCUUAUCUGCUGCACUCAUCCUGUAUGUGCCGUUACAUAGUGCGUCUCGGAAUGCCAGCGUUUAAAAAAAAAAAAAAAAAAGAUGUAAAAGCAAUAAGUGUAAAUAAAACAUUCAUGCUACUCUGCGACUAAUACAAGCAUUGAUACCACAAUUAUAACAGAGCACCGUUUGUGUUUUUAUUGGCACUCUUAUUGCAUCUUAACCACUUUUGUCCAUUAUGAAUCUGGAAGGUAUUCACAGUCAAAAAGACAUUUUCUGUUCGACCCAUUGCAGCAUUCUGAAGCAACACUAUGCACAGCCCAUCGAGUUACUGGCUCUGUUUUGUCUGCACAUGCAUACAAAAAUACACACCUGGGCUCAGGAUCCUUUUUUGACUUGCCAUAUUGCGUAUUUUGCCGUCGCCCAAUAAAAUGCGAUGAAUUCCUUCACUUCUUUGUGUGCGCCGUCAUUUGUUUGACAAGCUGGUUGAUAGCCUGUGUUGCAAUUAAGAAUUAGCUUACCGCUUGGCUGAGAUGUUAAAUUUUGAAAACCAUUUAUGAAACAUUAGAGGAGAGAUGAUUCAGCGAAAAAUAAUUCAAGCAUUUUUUAUUUUUUUUUUUACAUUAAUUAAUCAGUACCCAAGAAGUAGCCAUAGGAUUCCAAGAGGUUGCUGACCUCGGGUGUAAAAUGUUAGCAGUGCCAAAAGACCAUUAACGUGACCAAUAGAAAAGUCAAUUAAUUAGCCAGCCUCAACGGGGAAGAACGUUUGACAUCCAUCAAUGAAAAUUGCAAAGCUGUGUGAUUGAGCGCCAUCUUAUGGUGUCGUUAGCAAGUCGGUGGGUGGGCUUAAUGACGGGAAGCCGUCAAAUCAACCCACACAAGACAUUUUGUAUCUUUCUAUCCUUGUUAGUCCCUUUUGUUUG